AUGCUGCACGGCUGCAGCACACCUGGCCGGCCUUUGCAAGCAACACUGCAGGGAAGGUACACAUACUCAACUCACGAUGUCUUGGGCGAGGGCCGGGCGGCUCGGGUCUACAAGGGCAUCGACCGCAGGCUUGGUUCCCCCGUGGCUAUCAAAAUAUAUCGGGACACCGACAGGAUGUGCCAACACUGCUUUCACAACAGCAUCGAGAUGUCUUCCUGGCUGAAACGUCCGAUGGGCCGUCAGCCUGCAGGGAGCGGCGGCCUGUGGACUGUGGACAUCAUGGGCCAUUCCGUGGACAGCCGUGGCUACCCUGGGGUUGAUUCGGAUGGAGUGAUGUUUACAGUCAUGGAGCUCGGUGCUGAGUCACUUGAGGAUGUGCUGGCGAACAGGUGCCGCGAAGAGAGGCACUUUUCCCUGACAGAGCUCCGCGAGCUUCAUUGGGCUCUGGUGUCCUUGGCUUGCCAGUUGGAAUCACAUGGCGUGGUUCAUUUGGACAUCAAGCCCUCGAAUAUCGUCAGAUUUCUAAAGGGUGAAAGAUGCCAGUGGAAGUUGGUGGAUCUGGACUGUGCAGUAAGGGCUGGUGUUGCUGUGCGAUACGGGGACGUCACCUUCACACCACCUUACAUGGCACCAGAACUGGCCAGAGCCUACCUGAAAGCGGGGCCUGGCAACGCCCAGCAUUGCCCAGUGGUUCUGGCUGUGUCGAUGGACCUGUGGAGUGUCGGGAUCUGUGUGCUGGAGACUGUGUUCCUAUCGUCAUUGCUGACCGACCGAUACUUGCAGCUGAAAAGAAGGACUGGCGGUGACAACGAAUUCUUGAGAUGGCUUGGUGAAGAACCCGGAGGGCUUAUCUUACCAAACAUGUACGACGCGGCGCGCAGAAGAAGCGGAGAGUUGGCCGACUUCCUGGUUGCCAUCUUGAAGAAG